ACACAUUCUCUCCGUGCGAGUCAGACUGAAUUGGAACCUUGACAAUGGGGCUAGCACAUUCUACGCUAUUCAUCCUUUUCGAUUGUCCUCCUAUUGAGCAUUUCUUAUAAGGAUGCCUCCUCUUGUCUUUUGUUUUGAUCUCUGUUUACCAUCUCAUCUUCCAACUCGUCUAAACACCAGCAAGUAUGUCUCCCCUACCAACAUCAAAGAUCUUGCUUCUGGCGCAACUGCCCUUCCUGGUCGAAUGUCACCUCAAGCUCAACAAACCCGUGCCUUACUCCAAAAGCACUCUGCAGCUUGAUCCUCUUAAAAAUGCUCUACCUGGCACAGAGCAAUCAGACUUUCCUUGCCAAUCCAAGCGCAUUGGCGGCGCUGAUCCGUUCAUCGUCGACCAAGAGAACGAACUGAUGGCUGGCGAGCCUCAAGUCAUGACCUUCGACGGAUCCGCAUCUCACGGCGGAGGUUCUUGUCAGCUAAGCGUCACCCUGGAUAGACGACCCACCGCCGAAAGCACAUUCAAAACAAUCGCCAGCUGGAUUGGCGGCUGUCCUAUCGACAAUGCCAACGGCGGCACAGAUCCCUGGAACUACACCAUUCCACCGGAAGUCCCCAACGGUCAAGCCACUCUAGCCUGGAGCUGGGUGUCGAAGCUGAGCGGACAACCAGAGUUUUAUAUGAACUGCGCACCCAUCACGGUCUCCGGCGGCGCAGAAGACACAACCGAGUUCGACCAGCUUGAAGACAUGUUCAGAGUCAACUUGCCCAGCUCGCAAUGCGGCAGUCAACUCAGUAGCAACCUUGAGAUCCCUAAUCCUGGCAAAUAUGUCACAACUUUCGACAGACAAGCCCUCGCACCCCCGACUGGAAGUGGUUGUGCUGCCAUGAGCCAAGCAACGGCGACCGGAAGCAAUACUGGAAGUGCUACAAGCUCGCAAAGCUCCACAGUCACCUCGGUAUCUACGAUCUCUACGCCUGUGUCAUCGUCCAUCAACACCACCACCACUACAUACUCAUCAUCAAUCGCAACUCCAUCCAUCCCUCCAGCACCUACACCUACAACCAGCACAAUCCCACCCCCAUACACCAACAGCACAUCCUGCACCACAAACGGCCUCCUCCUCUGCAACGGCCCCACCCAAUUCGGCCUCUGCAACUUCAACACCGUAAUCUGGCAACCAGUAGCCCCCGGUACAAUCUGCUCCUCCAAUCAAAUCAUCGCCUCUACAAACUCCUCCGCCAACUCCUCCGAUACCUCGACCUGCAGCCCAGAUGGCUCAUUGGUCUGCAAUGGCUCCGAUGAAUUCGGUAUUUGCAACUUCGGACAUGUUGCGUUUGGCUCUGUUGCGGCUGGUACGACUUGUGUGGAUGGUCAGGUGUUGAGGAAGAGACAUUUGGGCUUGCACAAGAGAAGGGAGUUGGGUCAUCGUCGCGGUGGGAGAUAUUGAAAAGAGC